CUAGCGACAUAUUGUUAACUGGAAGGACUUAGUGCAAGAUGAAAGUGUUUGUAGUGUUAGCUUUCGUCUUAGCAGUCGUUGCUGCCGGACCCGAAGAGGAUCUCUGGAUUCGGUACAACAAACGGAUGCCCGACGCGUACUAUCUGUCAAAACCAACACCCAAUCCUCCACCCAAGGGACGCAUUGUAGGUGGCGUGGAUGCGGAUAUCGAGGAUUUUCCCUAUCAGUUGUCGCUGCGCCGUAGUGGAUCACUGUCGUGUGGAGCUUCCGUUAUAACGAACCGUUGGGCGUUGUCGGCUGCGCAUUGCACAUCCCCGCUCCCGGAUGUCUCAAUAAUUACCUUGCGUGCUGGAACUGCAAAUCGUUUGGAGGGAGGCAUCAUUUUCGAUGUUGAUCUGAUCAUAAACCACCCUCAGUACAACGAUAGUACUCUUCAGUAUGAUGUUUGUGUGCUGCGUACCGUUGAGCUUAUGGAAGGCGCCAAUAUCGCACCAAUUGCGUUAGUUCCAGCGGAGACUUACUACCCAGGGGGAACUCGUGCUGUCGUAUCCGGCUGGGGUCUCACCAGCGUACCUGGCUCACUAGCAACGAUACUUCAAGCGGUUGACAUUCCUGUUGUUGACCAAGAAACUUGCGCCUCGCAGUGGUCAUCAGUGGCAGUUACCGAUGACAUGAUAUGCGCCAGUGAAACCGGCCGGGACGCUUGUAAUGGUGACAGUGGUGGUCCUCUGGUUACCGGUGGCCGUCAGAUUGGUGUUGUCUCCUGGGGUACCGUACUCUGUAGAGGAUCAUCACCGGGAGUGUUUGCACGGGUAGCUUUCCCUGCGAUUCGGAACUGGAUCACAGAGGUUACAGGUGCUUAGAUAAGUGAAUAGGUGAAUUAUUGUUUGGUUAUCUUUUGUGAUAUGAUAGAUAUGCAAUAGAAAUAAAUUUUUCGUUUGAGUGUAAACGAUUGAA